AUGCACCUCCGCCGCUUGAUUCUGCAGCAGUUCAGGUUUGACCCCUGCCACUCUCCGAGUCCCAACUCGGUGUUUGAAAUGGGCACUGUCUCGCAGCUACCCCUCUACAUCUGCGCGCUGCAGAGCGGAGAUAGCCUCUCGACGGCCGACGACAGUAUCUUACUGAUGGACAACCUGGUCAAGAAAUACUCCUCAUUUCGGAAACACCUGCCUUGCCCGGAAACUCCACGGGGGACAAGGAGCGUGCUGUUGACAGGAGCCACUGGCUCAGUGGGUGCACACGUGCUGUUCGAAUUGCUGAACGAUGACUCGGUGUCGACCGUUUACUGUCUCACGCGGAGGGCAUCUCCGUUAAAGGCGGUGCGCGGCAGCCUGUUCGAAAGGGGCCUGUUGCUUUCGCCAGAACAGACAUCAAAGGUUGUGGCACUAAACGGCGCACUGGACCGGCCUGACUUUUGUCUGGACCCAGUGGGGAAGACCUUUCACCGUAUGCUAGACUCUGUGUCUCUAGUCAUCCAUACUGCAUGGCCAGUCAACUUUAACCUCCCCCUCGCUCAAUUCGAGCCACACCUCCGGGGACUAUACCACCUCAUUAUGUUUUCACUUUCGGUCCGAAGACUUGAACCUGCGGUCAUGUUGUUUUGCUCUUCCAUUCCUACGGCGCUGGGGGCCUCCUGGGCCACGAUCGAAGAGGAAGCAGUCGAUCUCAACAGCGCGCUGAUGGGCUACGGUCAGUCCAAGCUGGUGGGAGAAAGGAUGGUCAGCCUUGCACGCCGGUCAGGGGCAAGAGCGUACUCUCUCAGAAUUGGUCAAGUUUCAGGACAUUCGAAAAAAGGCCUGUGGAACGACUCCGAGGCAAUCCCUUCGAUGAUCCGAUCGGCACUGACUUUGCGGGCCCUGCCUGAACUACGUCGGACCUGCUCGUGGGUUCCCGUGGACAAGCUGGCCACAGUAAUGCUCGAGUUGGCCGAGUCAUGCUCUGCGCCUGACCGCGACGCUGGGCCAAGCCGCGCGUCUGACAUCUCCGGGGUUGCCUAUGUUGACGACUCAAUCUACAACGCUACAGAGUUCUAUGCCUCCCUUCUUCUGAUCUCGGGCACUUUUGUUGAUGACAAUGCAAGUGCCCAAGCAGCACAUAUCAGCAAUGAGAAGUCUUCUACUUGGCACGAGAGUGAAGCCAGACAUAGUGGCCUAAAAGUCUAUGAGUAUCGUGGAAAGCCCGACAGCGAUUGCUCCAUUGAGACGCUCGACUUUGUUAUUGCGGCUCCCAAGGAACCCGUUAAGUCUCUACCAAUGAUCCCCAAACUAGCGGUUAAACGGAUCAGGUCCCUGAAAAGCAUGAUCAAAGCCACGGUUUAA